AUGGGCUCCUCCAAACGUGGUCCCUUCAGUGGGCGUAAAGUUUACCAUAUUACCACUAAUAUUCAUUAUUUUGAUAAGUUUUUUGUAAUCAAGCGCCUAUCGGAUAAUAAAGAGACCUUUUCUUCUGUUUCACCGUUUCUUGUGCAGAAAGCAAUAUCAGCUACAGUUGGUGAUGUCCUAUCUAUUCGGAAAAUGCGAUCUGGUGAUCUGCUAGUGGAAAUAAACACCAAAAAACAAGCACAACAAAUUAUCAAACUCAAAGCUCUUGCAGAUAUUCCGGUUUCCGUGAAUUCACAUACAUCUCUAAAUUUCUCCAAAGGUGUUAUUACCUGCGGAGAACUAUUCAAUGUGUCUUUAGAAGAAAUAUCCCAUGAAUUGAAACCACAAGGAGCGACGCAAGUUCGCCAGAUUACAAUUCGGCGAGAAGGUCAAAUACUCCCAACUAAACACUAUAUACUUACAUUUCACAGUCCUAAUAUACCAGAAUAUAUAUAUGCGGGCUAUAUAAAGUUACCAGUUCGACCGUACAUUCCGAAUCCAUUAAGAUGUUAUCAGUGCCAGCGAUAUGGUCAUUCCAAAGUAAAUUGCCGCGGGACACUAACUUGUGCCCGUUGUGCUGAAAAAGGGCAUGACAGCCAGAAGUGCACCGCAAAAGAAAAGUGCGUGAACUGCGGUGGUGAUCACCCUUCAUAUGCUCGAUCUUGCCCACGCUGGAACUUGGAAAAACAAGUGACAUCAUUAAAAAUAAAAGAAAAUUUAUCAUACCCCGAAGCCAGGCGUAGGGUCCAAACUCAAACUCCUACUCCUGGUGUAAGUUAUGCUUCCUUUGUCCAAAAAUCGUUUUGCAUAACUUGUUCCUGUGAGAACUGUAUGAAGCAGACUACAAAGACAAAACCUCCUGCAAAAACUUCUGAAUCUGAUUCUGAGAAUUCUGUUAAAAGCCUUCCAGAAUCUCCUAAACCUGACCUGUCAACAUCGAAAAAAAUUCGGAAAAAAAAACCUCAGUCCUCACUGACAUUAAAACUCGCAAAACGUGGUCUUUCACAUAAAGACCUUUCCUCGAAACUGCAAAAGUCUACUUCACGGAAUUCAGUUGCUUUGGGGUUGGCGAAAGAUGGUAUAGCCCAUAAGGACUUAACGUCCAUUUUUGGGGGCAAACCAACCAUUCCCGAUUUUAAGCUCCAUCCAUCGGAGGAUGAAGAUGCACUUGAUAUGAGUUGCGAAGAUCAGGCAACUCCAAUAAAUGGCCAUUCUCUCUCCUUUUCCAAACCUCGCUCGUAA